CAUCAACUUCGAUAGAAAUCACUGAAGUCAUGCCAAAGACCGACCGCCACGCAAUCAUCUACGGCGCAUCCGGCCUCAUCGGUUGGGCCGUAGUCAACCAGCUGCUAAGCUCCUAUCCCGAGCGCGGCACAUUCAAAAAAGUCACAGCAGUGACAAACCGCCCAUUGAACCUCGCAGAAACCCACUGGCCCACCGGGCAACCAGGCCAGCCAGAGCUGCAGCUCAUCUCCGGCGUCGAUCUGCGCAGUGCCCACGAGCUAGAGCAUCAGAUCCCAGACAUCGAAACUGUAACGCACGUCUACUACUUAGCAUUCACCGCCAAUUCCAACGCUCUCGACGAAGUCGCCAUCAAUAGCCAGAUGUUCUCGACCGUGAUAGCCGCACACAACACCCUCAGCCCGGACCUCGAGUUCGUAGCCUUCGCUGGCGGGACUCGCGGCUACGGCAUCUACACCCCAGGCGGCACCUUCCAACCCCCUUUGAGCGAAGACCUUGUCCACGCCCUCCCCGAAGACGUCGCAAAGACAGUCGUCUACCCCGUCUACCGCCAAAUCCUCACCACCGCAAGCGCAAACAAGAGCUGGACCUGGUGCGAGGUCUGUCCUGAUGCUAUCAUAGGCUUCACCCCCAACGGCUCGCAGUUCAGCCUCGCGCUGCACUGGGCGCAGUAUCUCUCGUUAUAUGCGUAUAACCAUGACGUUGGGCCGCGUACAGCCUCCGGGGACCGUGAGGCGAGCGCUGAGAGCGGAGCGGUGGAGGUCCCCUUCCCCGGGGUGCAGGCUGCAGCAGAUGCGAAAUUCAGUCCCGUAUCCAGUGCGACGCUGGUGCGGUUUAUGGUGUUUGCGAGUUUGAGACCGGGUCAGUGUGGUGGAGGGAGGCUGUUUAAUGUGGCAGAUUGUGAGGAGGUUACGUAUGGGGAGUUGUGGGGGGCGAUCGCGGGAUGGUUUGGGUUGGUUGGGGGGAAACCUGUUGAGGUUGAGGGGGGCAAUGUAGGGGAUGAGCCGGGGGAGGAGACAGUCGGCGCUGGGGAGAUGCCAGCUGGACAGGGGACGGUGCUCACGCCCGGAGAGUACGUGGGGAAAUACCGAGACGUGUUCCGCCGGUGCGGGUGUGAGCGAGGGUUCAACUGUGGGGUGGGGGCUGGGGCGCGGCAGCUCGAUAGCGUCGGGUACUGGUUGACAUUUGAUCGCCAGCUGGAUUGCGAGAAACUGAAGGCGACAGGGUUUGAACCGCCUCAAGAUCCGGUUCAAGGCUGGUGGGAGGCCUUUGCGCUGUUUAGGGACGCUGGACUGAUUUUAUGACACGGGAUUAACAGACUGAUGUAAAUUGCAGGCCCCGAGGGACGAAUAAGACUUUAUGUUACAUUAAUAUGUGCGAGGAGAUAUAUCAACCAAUUCAGUAU